GACAGGCAUACCUACUCGAGAUAGAUGCUUUUUGCUUUGGAUAUAUCUAAACAAAUUUCAUAAAAGACACCCAAGAGCACAGAUAGUGCAUAGUUAUAAAUAUAUUUAUUGGGAGGUUCCAAUUAAAGAUUAUUUAAAAUUUAAUGACAGCGUUUUCGAGGUGUGAAACUGUGGUGUCCUAUGAUUAGAAAGUAUUUUAUUGACUUUGGCUUUGAUUGAGUCUGGCCUAAACAAUAGGCUGUUUUUAUUUAAUCAUUUUAUUUUGAACGCUUGAAAGUCCCGGAAGAGGCGCUGCCUGUGUCUUGCAGAGACCGCGGGAAAAUGUCGUUAUUUCCUGCUCCCUGAAGAAGGUUGUCGAGUCGUCGCGACAGUGAUUGUCUACAGAUGAUAAAGCAUAAUAACAUGCUAAACAACAUUCUUAGAAUCGAUUGUCAUAUGCUACUUCCAGGUACAUCUCUGAGCCAUUGAUUGAGCAUCAGGAGAAUGGAGGGGGAUUUGAUGGAUGAAGUGUAUGGUGACCUCAGCCAAGACCACCAUAAUACCACAGCAGCUUUCAAUGAAGACUCUGUGGAUAUUUAUUUUGGUUUAGAAAGUCCAAAGAUGAAUUCGAACGCAGAAAGGAAUUACACACUCCUCUCACCACAGAAUCUGAAAUAUAUGGAUUUAUAUGAAGAAAUCAUAACAGAGGAACAGCAGGAUAGAGAGUCUUCCUACAAUGAGUUGAGGACAAGAUUCAAUGCAGCACAAAGCCAAGUUGAUGAGUUAAUGAGAAGGUUGCAGCAGACUGAAACACAGAAUACAACGCUGAACACAGAGAACAGCCGCCUGAAGAAGAACAUCUGUGCGCUCAUCAAAACAGCUAAAAUGGAGGUUGUGCGGAAGGACGAGGAGAUAAAUAGGUUGAGCCAAAGUUUCAGGCCAAGGAGGGGUCCUGUAGUUCACCAUCAGUCUCAGAUGAACUGCCUGAGAAAUCAAAUUCCAACCAAACAAAAUCCUACGGGGCAGUCACAACCUAGCCAACCACAAGUUCCAACCCGACUGAAUCCUACGGGGCCGUCUCAACUUAGCCAACCACAAGUUCCAACCCGACUGAAUCCUACGGGGCAGUCACAACCUAGCCAACCACAAGUUCCAACCCGACUGAAUCCUACGGGGCAGUCACAACCUAGCCAACCACAAGUUCCAACCCGACUGAAUCCUACGGGGCCGUCUCAACUUAGCCAACCACAAGUUCCAACCCGACUGAAUCCUACGGGACCGUCUCAACUUAACCAACCACUAAUUCCAACUAGACAGAAUCUUACAGGGCAGCCUCCACCAAGCCAACCCCCGGGUCCUAGACAGGAUUGUGUUGUAAAGGAUCUUAGCCAGCUCCUCUGUAAAGACAGAGAUGUGGUUCACCCCCUUCUCCCUCCAACCCCCUCUGAUGCAACAGUUUUCCGACCACCUCUUCCUGAUACAACAGUUCUCAGACCACCUCUUCCUGUCACUUCAAAGACUGCUAAAGGAGAUUCAGAAGCUCCAGUGAAACGCACUGUUGGUAGUUCCAGCCAGGACUCUGUGAAUAGACACCCUACACGUGAACUUGACCCGUCAGACAAGCCGAAACAAACCAAGCACAGAGAAGGCGAAGGUGGAAAUCCGAGGCUGUCCCACUCAAAUGAGCAGCGAAAAUAUAACUCCAAGUCAAGCAGAUGCCCUCGUCUCUCAGAUGUUGAAGUACGCAGGAGAUCAGAGCGGGCUAAAAAUCCAACCUCUGACAUUUUGCAUUGCACUGCUUCCUCUGACCGCACUUCCGAAGGAUUGUCUAAAGAUUGUGCAGCCUAUCAAUCAAAAUGUUCUAGUCGGCAUUAUCAGGAGCUCAGGCGUGAUAAGGGUGAUGAUAAUAGGCAUAGUAGAGGUACUAAAGACAUUUCCUCUAACAGAAAGCAUGCCUAUUUGAACCAAGCCAGUAUCACUGAACGAUCCAGUGAAUCUUUUAAUCGCAAGGGAGGGACAAGUCCUCCAAGGGACCAUCGAAGGAAAGAGGAGAGAAGAAGAGAGGAUGAGGUCAGAAAAGAAAAUAAUACAUCAAAAAAAUCUGGAGAAAGAAAAAGCACUUGUACAGAGAGAAGAAGAGCAAAGGAAAGUGACCGAUGCAGUAGGGACGUCAGUAAGGACAAGACAAUGGACGACAGUAAAGUCGGGAGGCAAAAGACAGGUGAGAAGUCUGAAUUGCUUCCAUCUGAGGCUAAAGUGGCUGCGAAAAGCUCUGUAGAGGAAACUGGUCCAAACAGAAAGUUAAGUUUCAUGGAAACUCUGAAUCUUACCCUAUCACCAGUUAAAAAACCAAGACGGCUUGCUGAAACCAAGGAACAGGAGGGCACACCACCUGAGGAAGUUCCUGAAGACCAGUCAGCGGAAGACGGUGGACAGCCUGAUCUAGACAAGUUACUCAUCUUAGACGAAAUCAACAGCAGUGUGGUAGAGACCGACGAGGUCUUCGAGGACCCAGUGGUACAGCCCUCUUCAGAAAUCCCAAUGCCUUCGGAACCUGGAAGUAUUGACCUUAGACAUACAGACAAAGAACCUUGUCAGGAUGCUAACAAAGGUCUGGCUGAGGCCACAGUGGCCAAAAAGCCACCUAAGUGCCAGUUAGAAGUGGAAGACACUAUUGUCCAAGAUGUCUCUGAAGGUAGGCCUGAGCUGCCGGAGGCCACAGUGGAUCAGAGGACUGAACCCACCACACCAGAACCUCUCAGGGAGGUUUGUGUUUCAGCUCCAGUCUGUGCCAUUGUUUUGAGAACUCCACUGAAAAGCAGACCUGAAGAAUGUGCCUCUGUGAAUAAAGUGAGUGAGUCUGAGGAUUUUACUGCUGCUGCUGUCACUGCUAUUACUGUGGCUGGGAAUUGUGGAAACAAUUCAAAUACUGACACUGGCCUAUCGUCUAACGGAUUUACCCCUGACCAUUCAAUGGAAAAUGUAGUUCUUAUUACGGACAAUUGGGUGUGUAAGCCAAACGGUAAAACUUCCAGUGCUUUGGUCUGUGAAAGUCCAGCUGUUGAAACUGUGACACAAGUUCCACCCGCUGCUGUCUGCGUGGGACAUCCUGCUGUUGAAGGUGUUCCAGGAAAAGAACCAUCGGAAUCUCUGCAAUUGCCACUGCCUGCCUCUGUUAUUUCAACCUCUAGUUUAGACGUGACAGCAGAGGUGCAAGAUAUUUCCAAGCAUGGUGUUUCCAGUACGAUUAGCAUGGAGGGAAUUCCAGAGAUCUGCAUUACAUCUGAGAUCGUUGAAGAUGCCACCGAGAUACCUCUGGAGUGUGAGAAAGAGAGGACUGUUGUGGAACAAGGUUCACCGUUGAGCGGUUUUGAAGUGUCUAAGGUGAGCAGCACAACGGAAGAGGUUGCACCAUCAGCACAGCACAACAGUGGCUUGUCACAAACGCCAAAGAAGUCCCUUGAUUCUGAGCCAAGUCACACAGAGAAUGAGGACGUGACUGUUGAGCCCUCUAGCUCCAUUCCAUUGGCCCAUGAUGAGGACUCGAUGAUGCUUACACUGGGCAGCCUUAAAGGUAUUCCAGAUGCCAUCAGCCCACUCACAAGCCCAGUCCGUCCAAUGAGGGAAAGCCAUCAGCCGCCAUGUCACAGCAAACCUGCUUACGUCAAGAGUCUUCGCAAAGAGUUUACCAGUGCUGCUGGGGAUCCCAAUUCAAAGAAGUUGGAUGUGAAUAUGGAGAACAAGAAUCCUGGCCGCUCCAUUGCAAGUGCUACACAACAAGAUGUGGAUCGGGCUUCUGUCUGUUCUUCCAGCCCUGAGGAUGAAUUGGAAGAGGGUGAAAUUCUUAGUGAAGGGGAAGAAACGCCAAUCACGCCAAGUUCUCCAGCCAAAACGGUUAGGCCCACAAGCACGGUUAAAAGUCAACAAAUUCCCAAGUCAUCCCCUAGACUUUCCAAGAAGUUGCCUGAAGAGAAAGGGAAUUCUAAACUCUUAAGUAAAACCUUGAUUUCACCAGUUGGAAGCCCCAUGUCAAAAGCUCGCUAUAAAACGGUUCAACCUCCGUUACCCAAAGCUGCCUUGUGUACCGUGGAGGAGGUUAUGGCCAUGUUUGUGAAGAUCCGCUAUGCGUGCAGGAAAAAGUACAUGAAGCUUCGUUCAACCUUCUCUAAGGAACGCUUCUGCGGUGUUAUGGACAUGUCCCUUGACUCUUUUACAGACUUUGUUGAUAGUGUCAGCUUUACUAAACUAUGCAGCCAAGAAGAUGACCUCAAAGUGAAACUGAAGAACAACAUAAUGUCUGUUUUGAGUAAGUUAUCAAAUAAUGGCAUUGUCAACCGCAUCUUUGACCAGGAACCACUUAAUAUGAAGUCGAAACUGUGGGAAUUUGUGAAUGUGCAGUUAGACUUCUUAUUCAAGGAAAUUCAGACUGCUCUGAGAAGUGUUUGCAAAUCCUCAAAUGGAAACCAGUCUGCAGGAGCUGAAAAAAAGGACUUGAGUCUCUCCAAGCAGCCAGUGAAGUCUCCCAAGCAGCCAGUGAAGUCUCCCAUGCAGCCAGUGAAGUCUCCCAUGCAGCCAGUGAAGUCUCCCAAGCAGCCAGUGAAGUCUCCCAAGCAGCCAGUGAAGUCUCCCAAGCAGCCAGUGAAGUCUCCCAAGCAGCCAGUGAAGUCUCCCAAGCAGCCAGUGAAGUCUCCCAAGCAGCCAGUGAAGUCUCCCAAGCAGCCAGUGAAGUCUCCCAAGCAGCCAGUGAAGUCUCCCAAGCAGCCAGUGAAGUCUCCCAAGCAGCCAGUGAAGUCUCCCAAGCAGCCAGUGAAGUCCCCCAAGCAGCCAGUGAAGUCCCCCAAGCAGCCAGUGAAGUCAUCGGUGUCCACAGCCUCUAAACUUAAAAGACCGCAGGGAACGGUACAAAAAACAAAUUGUGUGUCCAGAACAUCUGCAAGUAAAAGGCCGCAAGAGGAAUUAACAGAAUGUGUUGAACCCAACAUAAAAAGAACCAGGGUUCAGACUCUCCCCCCUUGCAAAACCGGUCUUGGAAGAGGCAAAAAUAUUAAAAUGUCAUUUGAAGAAGAUGAGGAAUCAGAGCCUCAAACCUCAGAUCAUCCUCUUAUGCAACCUCCAAUGCAACCUCCUUUGCAACACGGGUUAGAGAUCUUAUCAUCAAACAGCCCUUCAUCUGCUGAGAAAACAGUUGCCUAUGUUCGCCGGCUGUCUCAAAAUGGCUCACUCCAUGACAAGUCUGACUUCGAAAUCCUCACAGAACAGCAAGCCUCCAACCUAACAUUCAACCUGGUGACAGACUCCCAGAUGGGAGAGAUCUUCAAGUGUCUCUUACAAGGGUCUGAUCUGCUAGAAACUAGUGUCUCAGCUGGGGACAAUCAGGGCUGGCCUCUUGGUACUCCUCGGAAAGGAGAGCGCUUCCGAGGCGUUACCACCCCAAGCAAAGUUGGUACCACAACCAAAGUUGGUACUCCCUCUAAAGUCAUUGCCACAUGGUCUUCUAUUUCACCUUGCAAGUUUUCCUCUCCAAAUUCAAAAGUCCAAAUUCCACUAAAUCCAGCAUUGUUGGAUGAGAGUUGCAUGUUAGAGGUGCCCUCCAGCCUACCAGAAGACAAAAUGACAUCGCAGUCCAGUGUGUUCUCGCAGAGCUCUUAUUCCAUUUUGGCAGAAGAUCUGGCUGUCUCCCUCACAAUUCCUUCGCCUCUCAAGUCUGACAAUCACCUCAGCUUCUUGCACCCAGCCAGCGUGGAGCCCAUGUCUGCUCCAGAUAGUGUUAUCAGUGCACAUUUCAGUGAGGAUGCUCUUAUGGAUGGGGAAGACGCUACAGAGCAGGACAUUCACCUUGCCCUGGACACGGACAACUCCAGCGGCGCGUCAAGCGGUGGUGGCAGGACCAGGGAGGCUCCUGUUAACCCCCUGUUUCACUUCAAGCCUCACUUGCCCAUGCAGGCAGUAGUGAUGGAGAAGUCAAAUGAUCAUUUCAUUGUGAGGAUACGGCAUGCAAACACCAGCCCAGACAUCAAAUCCAACAAUUCAGGUGUCAACUUCACCAACCUAGGCAUCAACUGCACCAACCCAGGCAUCAACUUCUCCAACCUAGGCAACAACUCCACCAGCCUAGUGGUCAACCCCACAUGCCUAGGAAUUAAAUCAACAAGCCAAGGAGUCAACUCUUCAAGCCCAGGAAGUGUAAACUCUACCUACCCAGGAAAUAACUCCACCAACCCAGACACAAACUCAAGCUACCUAUGUGUCAACUCCACAAGCCCACAAGUCAACUGCACCAACCCAGGCAUCUACCCCAUAAGUGCAGACAUCAAUCCAAGGGCUGUCUCAAGCCCUCAAACACCACCAGGAGAAGAACAACAUGGCAAAGACCAAGCUCAUCCCACAGGGAAAACUCCUUCUAAAACCCAUUUUUCAGAGGCCAGUCCUCCUUUCUACCUUUCCACAAGCACCGAAACAGCAUCUGCGCUAUCUUCACCAUGCCUCACCAUCAUAGAAGACACACCGGAGAGGGACCACAGCAAGGGUAAGACGGGGAAAAAGCGGACAAGGCACCACGUCGAAAUGAAAGCAAAGCGGCCUAAAAAGGAGGUGAUCCCUGAGAAGAUCAAGCAUAAAAAGAAGUCCUCAAAAAGGGCCAAAGGAAAGGAGACUAGAAGCUCCAAGAGCGAGAGAAGUAAAGGCACUACUCCACCCCAAUCUACCCCAUCACCCAACAGCCUGUCUGCCAAGAAUAUCAUCAUAAGAAAGGGUGCAGUGGUGGUGACUUGGACAAGGGAUGAAGACCGAGAUAUUCUCCUCGCACUGAAGAUGAAAGGUGCCUCUCCAGAUACUUUCUCUUCCCUAUCGGAGAAGAUGAACAAGACACCCGCUCAGAUUGCAGAGAGAUUUUCCCAGCUGAUGAAGCUUUUUAAGAAGAAGAAGAUGAUGUCGCAAGUUCAAGGCUCGAAUUUGCCAUUUGACGAAUGAGCAGAAGCAGAUCAUCUGAAUUUGAUCCCUGUAAUUGAUGGCCCUGGAACAUAUGAAGGCCAAACCAACUAGAUCUCAAACUGAAUUUGUAUUAUUAUAAUUUUUUUAAUAUUUUUUUUGAGGGGUGGUCAGCAAGGAUCAGAAUAUCCUUGAGGUAACAUCCACACAGGCUUCAAUGUAUCAUCUCCCCACAGCCUAAAUGAAUACAGCUCGUAUAAGCUGUUUUGGUACAUCUGCACUUGUAUUUUUGUUUGCGUUAAAUCUAAUCUACCAUAUUGAUCCUGGGCAAUAUCCCAUAUCAACUUCACAACUCUUAAUAUGCCCCAGCAAGUUUAUACCAUAUGUGGAGUUAAACACUGCUGCAAUCAUACAUUUAAUCUGAACUAAUUGACACAUUUUAGCAGUAAAUGGGGAGUUGUCUCUGAUACUUUUAUGGAGCAUUGUCGUAUGUACUAAAGUUACUUUUUAUACAACGUCUGGGGGGGGGGUGUUUGGAAAUAAAGAUUGGAACUACAAUUCAGGUCACAUUUCUAUCUUAUUUAAUGCUGUAAGGUCACAUGGCAGAAAGUACAUUUUACUGUACGGAAUGUCAACAGUAUUCUAUUUUGGAUAUAUAUUGUACUGACUUCAAGAUGGUCAGGUAAAUGAAUAAAUAAGGCGUACACGUUCCAUUUUAUGUACGAUUCAAGGUGGUAUGUUUAUAGAAAUGUAAGGAUUUUAAGGGGAACAUUUCCUGUCAGAUUUUUGGUUGGUUGGUUUUGGAUGAGUGACUACCUGGUUAAACAAAUGUACACUGUAUAUUGUACAUAUUUUGGUUUUGUAAAUAAAGUGUAUUUAUUUAA